UUACGAGAAAUGAGUUCAUUGACUUAUCACAGGUUCUGCUACACAAUCAAACCCCGCGGUCCUUGACAUACUUGUCGACUUCCUUCUUAAGGGUCUCCUUCUGCACCAGCGCCCGCUCCAUGAGAUCCUCACAGCCAUCCAGCUCGCGGCCCGCGCCGUCCCAGACGGCCUCCAUCUCAUUCAGGACUGCGAGCAGCUGGUUGGGCAGCCAGGUCACGAUCGGGCUGCCUCCGGUCGCGGUGGGAUGCAGCGUCUUCUUGAGGAUGUACUCGCGCGUGAAACACCAGUGCCGCCACCGGAAGUCGCGCACCUGGUCCAGAAUGCGCAGGUACGCCGCGGCGGACUCCGGGUGGGCGAGCGCGUAGUGCUUCAGGUUGAGCGCGCGCGAGCGGUCGUGGACGUACUCGAGGAACUGGCGGUGGUUCCCGGGCCGGUACGCUCGGAAGUCCUUCAGGAUGGCAGUCAGCGGUGUGGACGGCAUCGUGAUCUGGAGCAGAUUGUCGCAGAGCGGGAUCAUGCUGUCGUUGGCGCCGGACUCGCCGCGGAACGAGAAGGGCUCGCCCGAGACGCCUUCAUAGAUGACGCCGUUGGGGAACAUGGACUGCGAGGUGAUGCCGAAAAUGAAUGUGCGGAAGGAGGUGUACUCGGUCGCCUUGGACUUGCCCCACAUCUCGUCCAUGACUUUGUUGACCACGGACAUUGCUCGCACGACUUCCUCGAGUCCCUCGACGAAGGAAGCGCGGUCGUCCGCAGCGCAGGAGUCGAGAGCGCUCAUCACCCCGGCGACGAGCGGACCAGAGUUGCGGACCAUGUCGAUGUGGACUAGCACGAAACCAGCCUCGGAAGACAUCGGGUCCAGUCCGCGCUCGAAAGCGCGGAUGAGACGGAGAUUGGAGUACUCGAGACCCUUGGUUGGAUCGACGAGGUGGUAGUUGAACAACGCAUAGGAGCCGGCAUACUCCAUGAACGGCUUGAAGCCAGCGCUGCACUCAGAUCAGCAUCCAGGCAGUAUUCAGAACCAAGGACCGACGCACAUUUCCGCACAUCGGGAGAUGGGGAUGGCAAUGUUCUUGGGCAGGACCUCGCGCCCCAGCCCGUAUUCGCCGUCCUUGACGAACCGCAGGUGGCAAGGCUCGAGCAGAUAAGCAGAAGCAAGGAAGGAGUAGUCCCUGUAGAGUGCGUUCUGCAGCGGCAGGUUGGCUGCGUACUUCUCGACCGCCCACGUCAAAUCGGGAAGCUCGUUCAGCACAGUCUCGCCGAGCAUGCCGCGUGCGAGCAGCCCGGGCGAGCCAUCGAGCGUCUGGAUCGGCAUGCGCGCCAGGAUCGACUCGAGGGCGGCGAACUCGGCCGGCAGGUCGACGACUGGCUCCGCACGGGGCAGAAAUCCGCGCGUGGUCGAGACCAUGAACGCAGGAAGCGUGGUAUCGUCAGGGCGGGUGUCGUUCAGCACAGUGAAGGUCUCGGAGGACAUAAUGUUACUCAAGACGAUGGGCCUUGUUUUGGUAGGCCGGCUGACUGACUGGGAGGGCACGCGCGACAGAGGCCCGCUCCUCGGGCCAGGCCCGUGGGGGUCGGGCCUCUGUUGGCCCGAGUUCAACGGGCCUCCCCCGCUUGGCUUCUUGUUUCGCGAAGAUAAGUACUCGAGAAAUUGUCAAAGAUUGAUUGCAACACACGGGCGGAUCCUGAAUAAAAGGGGCCGUGAGUACUAGCCACACAGACGGAGACAUUUGCGACCGAUCACGAGUCUUUGUCUGAGACUCUGGGAAAG